GAAAUUCAUUCAAUCAUAACCACCAAUUAACUCCUCCAUGUGAAAUUUCUAUCUGGUAUAGCUCAGAGCGACAUGAUUAAGAUUUCACGGUGUUUAUCUGUCGAUUCAAAUCAAUUCUACCUUGCAUAAGCAUGUAGGAGAAGAUACUCACACUAUCCACUAUAAGUUGUAGACGUCACUAGUAGCAAAGUGGGAUGACCCAGUCACCCAGGAGUUAUAUAUAGUCCCCCGCUUUCACCCACGUACCGAUGUCCCUAAUUUCCGCUCGGAUAUUAUAUCUAAUACUACAAUGGUGUACAUUAAUUCUUUCUCGGGCAUAGUGGCGACACUUCUGUUCUUCAUCCAAGCUGCCAGCUCGAGACCGCAGUGGGAGUCAAAAUCAAAUGUAAACUUGAGCAUUUCCACCACGAGUGGCAGUCUUCAAGGAAUUAUCAACGGAACCACACCUAAUGUUCGGCAAUUUCUAGGUGUACCCUUCGCUCAGCCUCCCACCGGCGACUUGCGUUGGAUGCCACCGAAUGCACUACCAUCCAACCAGUCGUCUGCAAUUAUUGAUGCAACAAAAUUUUCUCUGAAUUGUCCACAAUACGAAAGUGCAAUUCCUUCCAUCUAUAACACCUUCGUCCGAGAAUUUUUCAUCUGGGGACCAAGUGGCGAAAACUGUCUUACUUUAGGUAUCUGGGCACCGCUUCACUCUCAACCGGAAGACAAGCUACCGGUUUUGAUAUUCCUUUACGGUGGAGGGCUUCAAACUGGAGGGUCUUCAGUACCUUAUCAAAAUCCCUCAAAAUGGGUUGAAAGAACACAAUCUCAUAUCGUGGUUAGUAUUCAAUAUCGGGUGAAUAUCUUCGGAUUUCCAAAUGCACCUGGGCUUGAAUCUCAAAACCUAGGUUAUCUUGAUCAGCGAGCGGGGGUAGAAUGGCUUCAGAAAAACGUCGCUGCAUUUGGCGGAGAUCCUGACCAGAUGGUUCUAUGGGGACAAUCAGCUGGAGCAUCAUCAACAGAUGCAUACAAUUAUGCUUAUCCGGACGAUCCGAUUGUGAAAGGUUUCAUAUGUAACUCAGGCACUUCACUGACAUCCACGCCGAUAAACGAUCCUUCUUACUCAAAUUUCACAUUCGUGGCUUCUCAUUUCAAUUGUACAGGUACCGAACUUCUCUCAUGCAUGCGUCAGAUUCCAGCCGACGAUAUUGAAGCUUUUCUGAAAUCUUACAAUGAUGCUCUUACCACUCCUACUUUAUCAUUCAACAUUAUUCGGGAUGACAAGAUUGUCUUCCAAAAUUAUACCCAGCGACUUAUAGACAACCAGAUAUCUCCACUUCCCGUGGUUUAUGGAUUCAAUGACAACGAUACCAUGUCACUCGACGCAUUUCCAGAAGAUCCAUUAUCCGAAUCCGCUAAUCGUACCCUGGCUUCCAUCAACCAAGUUCGUCGCUACGUCUGUCCAAACUCAGCUGCAUCAUACUAUCGAACCCAACUCGGUCUUAAAACGUACCGCUUUCAAUACCGUGGAAAUUUCUCCAAUGUCGCCCCUUUAGCAUGGGCAGGCGCAUAUCAUUCUAGCGAGCUCCCUAUGAUCUUUGGAACCUCGGAGGACUUCAGGGGCAAGAAUACAGAGCUGGAAUGGGAAACGAGUAGAGCGAUGCAGGAUGCUUGGUUAGCAUUUGCAAGAAAGCCUGAUGGAGGAUUGGAGGAAUUAGGCUGGGGCAAUAUUAGGGGGCAGGUGGUGGAGGUUUUUGGAGGGAGAAGCACGUACGAUGAUACCGGGAAGAAUGUCGCGAAACAGCUUAUAAGUUUAAAGGAGUUAGCGGAGAGCUGUAGUGUCAAGUAAGCACAGGGAAAGAAUGAUGUCAAGUUGAAUGAGAGAUGAAUUGCACAUGAGCGAAUGUAGAUUUAUAAUAGGAAUUGGGGACAGUUGAAUAAAUCGAACACAUGUAGAUACCACUUGGUCAUGCUAUACACAAACAAGCAUUGCACUACUUGUACGCCUUCGUUCUUUUUCUCGAUCGAAAUUUUUACACA